AACUCUAAAUUCAGCAAUCAUUCGCCUUCUCCCCUUGUCUCUCUGUCUCUCUCUCCAUUUUACACACACACACACUAGAAUUCUCUAUUUAUUACUCCUAACAUCCAAAUCGUUUUUUGCUUCAUUUCUCUAAUUCUUUGGAUCUGUAGAAGAAGAAGGAGAAAAGAUCAAACAUGGUUGAGACCAGACGCAGCUCUUCGUCCUCCUAAGGGUUCUCUCUCUUCUCCCUCCUCUCCUAUUUCUAACGGCAAGCACUCCAAGGCGGCGGAGGCAUUGUCAUCGUCGAUUAAUGAUACGCUUGGGGAGAAAAUCCAGGGUGAGUUGAAUGAAUCAGGGCCUGAAUCUGCUGAACAAGAGCGGGGUGAUUUUGAGGGGCGCAAGUUAGCAAAGAUGGGGCCGAUGUCUCAUUCAUCUACUUUCCUCCUCCCAAAUCUUCCUACCGACAACGGGCCUGCUCUAACGUAUGCGCUUGUUAUCCUUAACCAACGCCUCCCUCGAUUCACUCCUUUGCUCUGGGAGCACGCACAGGUUCAUGUUUGCGCUGACGGUGGAGCGAAUAGGGUGUUUGAUGAAUUGCCCUGCUUUUUUCCUCAUGACGACCCUUCUGAUAUUCGUAAGAGGUACAAGCCAUAUGCUAUAAAAGGAGAUAUGGAUUCAAUCAGAACUGAUGUUCUUGACUUUUAUAGAGGCCUGGGGACCAAGAUAAUUGAUGAAUCUCAUGAUCAAGAUACCACAGAUCUUCAUAAAUGUGUUGCAUAUAUUCUUGAAUUACUAAACCCAGAACAUCCAAAUUUGUGUAUUCUAGCCACCGGAGCACUUGGUGGAAGGUUUGACCAUGAGAUGGGAAAUAUUAAUGUCAUAUGCCGUUUCCCGUCCAUGCCGAUUAUUCUUCUCUCUGAUGACUGCCUCAUCCAACUUCUUCCGAGUACACAUCAUCACAAGAUUCAUAUCCAGUCCUCUGUUGAGGGCCCGCAUUGCGGACUCAUACCCAUUGGAACGGCUGGUGGAAGAACCACAACCACAGGUCUCAAAUGGAAUUUGGACAAGACAGAAAUGAGGUUUGGUGGUUUAGUCAGUACAUCUAAUAUCGUGAAAGAGAACAUAGUAACAGUGCAAUCUGAAUCUGACCUCCUAUGGACGAUUUCUAUAAAAAAAGAAUGAAGGAUGCAGCUUGCAGAUGA